AGCCUCGUUUAUGUUAAAAAAAUUAAAAAGAAAAAUAAAAGAAGGGGGGAAAGGUCGGGGUCCAACUUUCUUAGCUGCUCUCAGGCUUUUCAUAUGGAUUAAAAACUGCUCUGUUUCUCUUCUCACAAGUUUCAGAAGAGAAGAUCUUCGCUCUUCGAAGGAUCUCUCUCUCAGAUCUCAGUGAUUCACAAAUGAACUCUACGAUCCCGCCGAAGCUUGCUUCAGAUCCCAGUCCCAUCUCUCAGACCUCCCGUCUUUGAUUUAGAUCCUCCUCUUUCCCCUUUUCCUUUUUCUCUUCUUUUUUGUCCUAUAAAAUCUCCAGAUCCCCCAGAGUUUCUCUCCCCACUAUUUUCGUAAAAUGGGUUCCACUUCCAUUCGCUUUCUCUUCAUUGCUGCCUUUUUCUUCUUCGCUCUCUCUUCCAUUUCUUUUGCUCAGGAGUCUGGACUUGAAGCUGGGAAGGAGGAAUCUGGUGGGUCAAUUAAAGAUCUCGGCCGCCGUGGCAUGAUUGUUGCAAGGAAUUUUCAGAAUGGUGCUCUAGAUGAGAAGGCUGAUCUUGAUUCCAUGGGUCUUAAUCUCGGUUUUGAUUCAGCUGGUCUUGGCAUUUUUGAUGCAUUCUUCACAAGUUUGUCCAUGAUACUUAUCAGUGAGAUUGGAGAUGAGACGUUUAUAAUAGCAGCUCUAAUGGCAAUGCGGCACCCAAAAUCAAUUGUAUUAUCUGGUGCGCUUACUGCCCUGAUUGUUAUGACAGUACUUUCCACUGGACUAGGUAGGAUUGUGCCGAAUCUGAUAUCAAGGAAGCACACCAAUAGUGCGGCUACAGUUCUCUAUGCAUUUUUUGGGCUUCGGUUACUUUACAUUGCUUGGAGAUCAGAUUCAAAGGCAUCUCAGAAAAAGGAAAUUGAAGAAGUAGAAGAGAAACUUGAGACUGGGCAAGGGAAAACAUCUUAUCGGCGCAUCUUCUCCAGAUUUUGUACACCAAUAUUUUUGGAGUCAUUUAUUUUAACAUUUCUAGCGGAGUGGGGGGAUCGAAGUCAGAUUGCAACAAUUGCUCUGGCAACUCAUAAAAAUGCACUUGGAGUAGCUGUAGGAGCAACAUUAGGGCACACCAUCUGUACAUCAUUGGCUGUGGUGGGAGGAAGCAUGCUAGCAGCCAAGAUUUCGCAACGAACUGUUGCUACAAUUGGAGGCUUGCUUUUCCUUGGCUUUUCACUGUCUUCAUAUUUCUAUCCUCCCCUAUUCUUAAAGAAAAUACCUCGCUCCAAUUUUCAUCAAUGCAAAUUCUACCCCCACCAACCAUUGGUUUUAUCCGCUAAUGAUUCCCUUCUUCACGCUAAGGCCAUAAAAAAUGGUUCCUUUCAACACUUAGACGUGGCUAGCCACCUUUUACAUCUGUACGGGAAGUCUAAAUGUUUAAGCCAUGCACGUAAAUUGUUUGAUGAAAUGUCCCAGCGAGAUGUACGGACCUGGACAAUACUAGUUUCUUCUUUUGCACGUGCUGCUUCUAAUGGGAUUGUGUUGGAUCUUUUCAGGGACAUGCAAAAUGAGAGUGUUAAACCAAACCAAUUCACUUUGUCUAGUGUUUUGAAGUGUUGUUCUAGUUUGAGUGAGCUUAGGAUAGGCAAAGGAGUUCACGGUUGGAUUUUAAGGAAUGGGGUUUUUUUUGAUGUUGUUUUGGGGAAUUCCCUUCUUGAUUUUUAUGUCAAAUGUGAGGAUUUUGGAUCUGCCAAAUGGUUGUUUGAGUUCAUGGAGGAGAGAAAUAGUGUGUCUUGGAAUAUAAUGAUUGGUGCACAUUUGAAUGUUGGAGAUGUGGAUAAGGCUGUUGAUAUGUUUAGAAGGCUGAGAUCUAAGGAUGUUGCCAGUUGGAAUACAAUUAUAGAUGGUGUAAUGCGAAAUGGGUCUGAACGAAUGGCUUUGGAACUACUGCAUGAGAUGGUAAAAAAUGGAAAUGUGCUUGAUGAAGUCACUUUUUCUAUUUCUUUGGUUUUGGUUUCAUCGUUUAUGGAUAUAGAAUUAGGGAAACAGAUUCAUGGCAGGGUGUUGAGAUUGGGAUUUCAUGUUGACGGUUUCAUUAGGACUUCACUUAUUGAUAUGUAUUGCAAAUGUGGGAAAAUGGAAAUGGCACUGGAAGUUUUCGAGAAAAUGGAUAGCAAUUUUGGGAGGAAAGAAGAUUCCAUUGAAGAAAUUGUUUCUUGGAGUUCAAUUGUUUCUGGCUUUGUUCUGAACGGUGAGAUUGAAGAUGCUUUUAAAACAUUUACCUCUAUGAUUUCUAAAGAAAUUGAAGUUGAUAGAUUUACUGUUACAAGUAUUGUUUCUGCUUGUGCUAAUUCUGGAGUGUUGGAACUUGGUCGGCAGGUUCAUGCCCUUAUUCAGAAAAUUGGGCAUAGAGUAGAUGCUCACUUGGGUUCCUCAUUAAUUGACAUGUAUAGUAAAUGUGGAAGCUUAGAUGAUGCUCAGAUGGUGUUCAAGCAAACUAAUGAUAAGAAUGUUGUGUUGUGGACUUCAAUGAUAUCUAGUUGUGCUUUACAUGGGCAAGGGAGGGAGGCUGUCCGGCUAUUUGAGUUCAUGAUGAGUGAGGGAAUUAAACCAAAUGAGGUAACUUUCAUUGGGGUUUUAACUGCAUGCAGCCAUGCAGGGCUGAUUGAAGAAGGUUGUAGAUAUUUCGGGCUGAUGAAAGAAGUUUAUGGUAUCAAGCCUGGAGUUGACCAUUACAGUUGCAUGGUUGAUUUAUAUGGGCGAGCUGGUCAGUUAAAUGAGACAAAGAAUUUUAUUCAUGAAAAUGGUAUCGAUCACAUGAGUGCGGUAUGGAGGUCGUUUCUAUCUUCUUGUCGACUUCACAGAGAUAUUAAGAUGGCAGAAUGGGUUUCUGAAAAGCUACUUCAUCUGGAACCUCCUGAUGCUGGAACUUAUAUCUUGCUGUCGAAUAUCUAUGCCACAAAACAAAGAUGGGAGGAGGCCGCAGAAGUGAGAAACUUGAUGCAAAGCAGAGGGGUUAAAAAGCAUCCUGGUCAAUCUUGGAUCCAGAUCAAGAAUCAGGUUCACACUUUUGUCAUGGGAGAUAGAUCCCAUCCACAAAUAGACAGGAUUUAUGCAUAUUUGGACAAGCUAAUUGGAAGAUUGAGGGAAAUUGGGUACUCAUCUGAUACCAAACUUGUGAUGCAGGAUGUGGAAGAAGAGCAAGGAGAAAUGCUACUUGGUUUCCACAGUGAAAAACUUGCCACUGCUUACGGCAUCAUUAGCAUGACAUCUCAAAAGCCAAUAUGGAUAAUGAAGAACCUUCGAGUUUGCAAUGACUGUCAUACCUUUAUGAAAUAUACUUCUCAGCUUCUAGAUAGGGAAAUAAUUGUGAGAGAUAUUCGCCGAUUUCAUCAUUUUAAGAGUGGUUGCUGCUCUUGUGGAGAUUACUGGUGAUUGAACAGGUCCUUGUCAGUAGUUGUAAUUAUUUCACUGCUGUAAAGAAUCCAGUAGCCUUAACUGGUCAGAUUUCCUCAAACAAGCUUCCUGAAUGGAAGUUGAAGAUUUUGUCAAUCCCAUGUAGCACAGCCAAGGGGAUUAACAUGUCAUGAAUACCCAUGUUCAAAACUCUUAGGCUUCUUUUAUGAUGCUGUAUGGAUAUCCUAAAGUGAACAUACAGGUGGUGGUUGCACAAAUAUCUCCCCUUUGCACUAAACCUAAUGCUAUCUUAACUAUUUUUUCAUUCAUAGAUUAAUAAGAAUGUUAUAUUUAUAAUUCAUUUAUAAAUAUCGGAAUUGUCUUUUACUCCAUGUAAUAUAUAUUACAACAACAAUGUACUAGUCUUAAUUCUUUAAUAUUAAUGCAC